CUCUGAGAGCAAAUUUUACCCAGUUCCUUUCUAUCCUCCCGACGACUCUGAGGUCAAACUCAGCAAGGCAUCCGAGCCCCCACGGCGCAGCGGCCCUAGGCUGGCAUGGGCGAUGCGGAGCUACCCCGCCCUCAGGAAGCAGGCGAGAUGCCCAGCGGGAGAAUCACCCAAAUCACCGUCUAAUCUCUGCUGUAAAGUGGAAGCGGGAGAAGGAGGGAGCGUCUCAUGACGGAGGGUGUGAAGACGCUAGGCUGGAGGAAGCAGAAAGGCGGGUGUCACUGGGGACGUUCUGAGGGUGCUGGAGAGUCAGGGAAGAGCACCAUCGUCAAGCAGAUGAAGAUCAUCCACGAGGAUGGCUACUCUGAGGAGGAAUGCCGGCAGUACCGGGCGGUUGUCUACAGCAACACCAUCCAGUCCAUCAUGGCCAUUGUCAAAGCCAUGGGCAACCUGCAGAUCGACUUUGCUGACCCCUCCAGAGCGGACGACGCCAGGCAGCUAUUUGCACUGUCCUGCACCGCCGAGGAGCAAGGCGUGCUCCCUGAUGACCUGUCCGGCGUCAUCCGGAGGCUCUGGGCUGACCAUGGUGUGCAGGCCUGCUUUGGCCGCUCAAGGGAAUACCAGCUCAACGACUCAGCUGCCUACUACCUGAACGACCUGGAGCGCAUUGCACAGAGUGACUACAUCCCCACACAGCAAGAUGUGCUACGGACCCGCGUAAAGACCACGGGGAUCGUGGAGACACACUUCACCUUCAAGGACCUACACUUCAAGAUGUUUGAUGUGGGUGGUCAGCGGUCUGAGCGGAAGAAGUGGAUCCACUGCUUUGAGGGCGUCACAGCCAUCAUCUUCUGUGUAGCCUUGAGCGCCUAUGACUUGGUGCUAGCUGAGGACGAGGAGAUGAACCGCAUGCAUGAGAGCAUGAAGCUAUUUGACAGCAUCUGCAACAACAAGUGGUUCACAGACACGUCCAUCAUCCUCUUCCUCAACAAGAAGGACCUGUUCGAGGAGAAGAUCACACACAGUCCCCUGACCAUCUGCUUCCCUGAGUACACAGGUGUGGGGACUGUGGGGAUAGGGCCUCCGGAGGGUUGCUUCUUGGCCGGAGUAGCCUAUGGUGACCAGGUGGCCCUCAGCCGCCCCCCACUGGACAGAAGUGUAACCUUGGAACACUUGCAGGGGCUGGUGCCUCAUUUAGGCUUGUAUAGUUGUGUGUGCACACAUGGAGCCCUUAACACACUCAAGCAUGUACCCCUGAACAUGUGUACAUGGGCAUCCUCCUUCACACAGUGGGGUACCCCUUUGCACAUCUGGCAUGUAUGGGCAGCCACAGACAUUGUCAUAUUAUGCACACGCAUGCACAGGUUGUAUGCCUGGCUGUCCACACGCACAGACCCUUGCUGCACACGUAGGAUGCGGCCUGCCUGCCACACAUGCAGCACAAGUCUUCAUUUUCUCUCCCCCAGGGGCCAACAAGUAUGAUGAGGCAGCCAGCUACAUCCAGAGUAAGUUUGAGGACCUGAAUAAGCGCAAAGACACCAAGGAGAUCUACACGCACUUCACGUGCGCCACCGACACCAAGAACGUGCAGUUCGUGUUUGACGCCGUCACCGACGUCAUCAUCAAGAACAACCUGAAGGACUGCGGCCUCUUCUGAGGGGCAGCGGGGCCUGGCGGGAUGGUGAGCCAGAGGGGCUGUGGCAGGGCGCUGGGGAAGAACUAAGCGGGCCUGGAGCCCCAGCAGGGGGUUCGGGGGGUGGGUAGGGGGGUGAACCUGGAGGGGAGAGGCAAUAGGUGACCAGGGGACAAGGGAGGAGAAGGCCCAGGGUGUGAAUCAGGAGGUCAAGUGAGUGAGGUGCAGGGCAUGGAGGAGGUCAUACAAGCAGGCCUGGCCCAGUGGUGCAGACAGAAGGGCUUGGCCUUGCCCUGGGACAGAACCAGAGGCCAUCCUGAUGUUCCCUGGAGAAAUCUCACCUCCUCACCCACCAGGCCAUUGGCCCAGCCUGCCGGAAGCUGGAUGCCAGCGGAGCCCAGCCCUGCUGCCCACUACCACCAGCUCCAUGUGCACCUCCAGCUCUUGCCCUCUGACUUGUCUGAGCGUCCUGGGCUUAGGCUGGCCCCACUGGCCCUGGUGGAGGUGGGGAUGACUCUCCAAGUGCCACAGACUCCCCUCCCCCACGUAACCCAGCAACAGAAACUGGCUCCUUGGGCGGCAACUGUGUCCCUGGUAACAAAUGGGUAGGAAAAAUAGAGAAGGGUUAUUGUCUAGGGAGGCGGGAGAGAGGCGCGCCCUGGCUGCUUCCCGAUCCAUGCUCUGCUUUCCCCCCACCUCCAGGGCCACCGCCGACUUUGUACCCCCCAACCCCUGAGGAAGAUGGGGGCAAGAAGACCACGUUCCCCGCCUAUUCCCCCGGCCGCUUUUCUCCUCUUUCCUCUCUUUGUUCUCAGCUCCCCCCGUCCCCUCAGCUCCAGACGUAGGGGAGGGGUUGCCACAGGCCUCCCUGUUUGAAGCCUGCCCUUGUCUGAGGUGCUGGUAAUGGCCAUGGUACCCCCUUCUGGGCAUCUGUUCUGGUUUUUAACCAUUGUCUUGUUCUGUGAUGAGGGGAGGGGGGCACAUGCUGAGUCUCCCAAGGCUGCGUCUGGAGGGGCCCCUGCUUCUCCAGCCUGGACCCCCAGCUUUGCCCAACACCAGCCCCUGCCCAGCCCAAGUCCAAAUGUUUACAGGGAGCCUCCUGCCCAGUCCCCCACCCCCAGCCGCUCGGAGGCCCCAAAGGAAAAAGCACAAGAAGCGUGAGACGCCACCAUUCCUGGAAACCACAGUCCACCUGCUCAUUCUCGUAGCUUUUUAAAAAAAUGAAAGUAAAGGAAAAAAAAAAAAAAAAAAAGAAAACUGCAAAUCUAGAAAACUUUUUAGAGAAAAACUAUUUAAAAACUGUCAGAUCCUGACCAGCAACCCCCCUCCCCCCAAGCCCCCCUUCCAAGUGACUCCGUGCCUUGAGUGUGUCUGCGUGUUUACACCCGUCCCUCUGCUGGCCGCCCCCGUGCGAGCGGCACCCCUGCCCUGCCCUCCACAGAAUUGGGUUCCAAGGGCUGUUCCAGACAACUGCCAACGUCACUGAGGGCCAUGCCCCAGCGGCCCUGGGCCCAGGCUCCAUUAACCUAAAAUGUAGCUCCCUAGCGCUAACCUAGGAACCGCCGCUGCCUGCUGGGGGGCCACGCCCCUCAUGCCCUUGUCCCAGGCCCGGGGCCUUCAGCGUUGAACACUUCCUUGCUUUUUUCACAUGUUUUAUGGAAUUGUUCACCUGGUUUGAAAUAAUAAAAUGUAGAAAGAAAAAAAA